UUGCAUUAUGUUUUGUGUUUUUGACGGUGGCAGAUUUGCGGCGCUCGCAGUAGUGAAUCUUAAUUUUAUUUAAAUAAAUUAUCUGAUUUAUUGGAAUAAUUAAAAAGUGAGUGUCAAACAAAAUCCCGCGGUAUUAAGCAAAUUAUUAUGUAAAUGCGUUGUGUAAAUGAUAUAAAUAAUUUAUAUGUAUAAAUAUCGACAUCCAAUGUGCAAAAGUAUAAAGUAAUAAAAGGAAACACUCCAAAUAAUGUCAUCUUGCCAGUUGAAAGAAUAAAUUUAUAGCUGAAUAAAAAAAUUAAUCUAAAGUAGUUCUGCAUGCAUUAGUGUAUGUAUAGAAUAAAAUAAAUUAAGUUAAUGUGAAGUAAAAUAUCUCAAAAAAAAAAAAGAUAAUGGUAAAAAGUGUUUCAAGUGCAGAAAAAUUCACAAAGUGAAAAGAAAAAAAUUUAAGUUGAUUGAGAAAAUUUUCAGCAAAUUCUAAAUAGGCUUUGCUGAAUUAUUGGAUAAUUUUCAUAUAUAAGUGGUUUAUUAAAUAAUUCAAAACGACGCGACGGGCUAAAAUGGCAAAAAUCGACGUCGAAGACGUCGUCGAUUUAAGUAUUGGUUCCGGUCGAGAUCCAGCAUUAACAAUCACACCAGCUACGGUACGUGAUUUACGUGCAUUAUCACAAAAUUCUGGUCUAACUAUUACACCUGCACCACCGCCGCUUGUCAAUAGUAAUUCGAAUUCUGCUAUAAUUAAUAAUCCUACAUCAGGUAUCGCUUCUUCAAAUAUUACAGCCAGUAACGCAGAAUCGAACUCUUCGAAUAUACAAGAUGAGAACAAAGUGCAACGACGAGUUUUGCGUCCACGGACUGAGCCGAAGUCUUAUGCGGAGGCACCCGAUAUCGUAUUGUUGCCAGCGCGAAUGAAUGGUCGCCAACAAAAUGGUAACAUUGACUCAGAGACUGAUGAUGAAGAGAUGCCGCCUUAUGUACCCAUUAAGGAACUCUCUCCGGCCGAAAUAAAAGAACGUGAAAAUGGACUACGUAAGAUGCGUGAAGAUUUGCGUAAUGAAGAAACGAAAUUAGUGUUACUCAGAAAACUAAAGCAAUCACAACUGGUAAUGAAGGAAAAUCUAGUGGUCACUCCUACAAGUGUAUCGCCUACAAAUCCGCUUGCAGCGAUACCAGCUGCUUUAACAUCGAAAGGUUCUCUAAGUGUUACACCAACAACGGCUGUGCCAUUGCCCGCGCAUACAAAAGGACGUUCAUCGUCAGUGAGCAUAAGCACUUCCAAUAGUCGCAAUUUAUCAUCUACUACCGUUUCCCCGGUAUCGUUAUCGGCAGCAAACCGUUCCAAUUCUACAAUAUUACCGCCACCUCGUUCAUCACUGCCUGGUGGUGCAACUCUAACUACAGGAAGUUCCUCAAUUUCAACAUCAUCGCAUCGGUCGAAUGCAUUACCACCGCGUACCAAUUUACCGAAUCUCACCAUUACACCAUCGGUGACCAUAACACCAACUAGCGCCCCUCCAUCAGGAAUCAAACCACGCAAUACUAAUAAUUCGGAUUCAAAUUCAAAGGUUUCUGGCAGCAUAAGCAAUUCAGUGUCAAUUACUCCUGCGCCACCAUUGUCUCAGCAGAAUACUCAGCACAAUGAUUUGAAGAAUGAGCGUUCCCUUUCACGAGAAGAAACUCCAGCCCAGAAGCAAGCUGCGGCUAAAUUAGCUUUAAGAAAGCAAUUGGAAAAGACACUGCUGCAAAUACCUCCACCAAAACCUCCGCCACCUGAAAUGCAUUUUGUACCAAAUCCAAGUAAUACAGAAUUUGUUUAUCUACUUGGAUUGGAGACAGUUGUCGAUUAUCUGAUGAUAAAUAAUAAAAAAUCAAACACAGUUUCUCCACCAUUUCGUUGUGCUCAAUGUAAAAUUGAUUUUACUCCCGUAUGGAAAUGGGACAAACCAGUUAAUAAAGAACAUAAGGUAAUAUGUGAGCAAUGUGUUACUUCAAAUGUGAAGAAAGCACUAAAGGCAGAACAUACUAAUCGACUGAAGCAAGCCUUUGUUAAGGCCCUACAACAGGAACAAGAAAUAGAACAGCGGCUAGCUACUCAUAGUAGUCCUUCUCCAGUAGAUUCUCAUACAUCCUCACAUCCAUCGACACCGCAGCCACAACAACAACAACAACAACAGCAUCCAUUACAGUUGCAAUCACAUCAGUCUCAUCAACACACACAAAUGCAAACUCCGCAGUCUGCGCAUUCACAUACAAUUUCUACACCUUCUGCUCUUGUCAAUUUACCACCGUCUGUAACUGUUAUUCCUACAAAGUGUCAAACACCUACCCCAAGCAUUACACCACGUCCGACUCCUCCACCAAGUCAACCUACGCCGCCCCCACCACCACCAACAACACCACGUUCAUCACGAGCGCAUCAAUCACAGCCAAGUCCCAGCACUCCAGUACAGAGUUCAUUGCAACAUCACCACCAGAGGGAGCGUGAACGUGAACGUGAGCGAGAACGAGAACGUGAACGUGAACGGGAACGGGAACGUGAACAUCAUCAUCAAAGAGAUCAACAACGUGAGCAACAACAACAGCAGCAGCAGCAACAACAACAACAACAACAGCAACAGCAGCAACAAUAUGAAAAGUUUUCAACAGCAACGCUGGCUGCUGCUGCUCAACUAGGCGCACUUGGUUUACCUGGACUUAACAACCUUGCAGGCCUAGGGGGCUUAGGAAAUUUAGGAAAUCUUGGUCAACUGGGUAAUUUGGCAGCAUUAGGAAGCUUGGCAAAUUUAGGUGCAGCAGCCGCUAAUCCUCAAGCCGCAGCAGCAGCUGCUGCAAAUUUAGGUGCGUUAGGUAAUGCGUCACCCGCUGCAACUGCUGCAGCUGUUCAAGCGUUUCAACAACAAAUAUUUAGAGCUUUGGGGCAAAGUCUUGGUCCACAACAUAUGAUGCAAUUUACUCCAUUGCUUUAUUCCUAUCAAAUGGCUAUGGCACAAGCAGCACAAGUGGCGGCUUUUAAUAACAGUAAAAAGAACUCUACGCAGUCUUCUUCGUCGAAGAAUCAAACCGCUAGUUUGGCAGAUAUGCAAAGAGCUGCAGAGCUCCAACGUCAAUAUUUAUUAGAAAUGAUACCACCGCCAGCUCCUGGGCCCAGUAGUAGUCGCCAAAAUAAUUGGAAAACAUAA